GUACGGGUAUUGCAUUUAUCAGGGAGAGGCUGAUUACACUCUGUACACAUACACUCAACUCUCCACACUUCUCUCACUUACACACCAAUUUUUUUUCUUUUUUGUUAAAAAAAAAAGACAAAGUUGCUAGGACCUACCCUCCACAAUGACGGACCCAGCUUUGGGAAUCGCCGAAACCAUUCAAACGGCCUCCAUCAAUCGAGACCCGUCUCCAAGUCACGACAUCAAUCCUACGGCCGUAUCUUCUGAGAAGCAGCCUCUCGCUGAACAUGCGCCUUCCGAGGCUGAUAGUAUUCCCUCGGACAUCGUUAACCCCCAUCGGAUGAUCAGACCCGCUUCACGACGACAUAACCUCCCUCCAAUGCCUGAUUUGCGCUUUGAGCAAAGCUACCUGGCCAGCAUUAGGGGUGCCGAUACUUGGGGUCGAGUUGCGUGGAUCACCAUACGAGAUCAGGUUCUUCUUCCUCUGAUCCAAGGUACCCUCUGGACCCUCGCUCUCUCCGGCUGGCGGUUCUGGAAUCGCAACGCGUCUCUCAGCGGCCAAACACUAGGUAGCAGAAUCCGACGAUGGUGGUACGAGGUAAAUAAUUGGAAACUCCCACCCCUUCCGUCAAUGAAGGACUAUAAACUUGCCGCGCAGGCUGAAGACUUCCUACAGUUCUACAAGACGCAGUUCUCAAAUGCCGGCGCCGACUAAUUGACCUGAAAAAGCACUACUUCUUGUUUUCGUACAUGGUUGCAUAUUGGGAGUUCCGGUUAUGGUGUUAUGAAUAUAAACUACAAUAGUCUUUCUGUACCUCAUGUUUCUCGGAUCCACGAAAAGGCAUAUCACAUUUAUGCAUAGCUGGUUAAUAUUUGGGGGGUGCAAGGGAGAUCUUUCUCUUAGCAUCGAUAUUAUCGUAGAACA